GGGAAUUGGGAAAAGAAAACAAACAAGACAUCUGUCCGUCGCUCUCAUUGUUUGCUGUGUCCAGUUUCUCACAGGUCACUAUGCCCCUUUUCACAGCAGAUGGGAGACACAGAGAGAGAGAGAGAGGAAGGAAAACAAGAAAUGAAAACAGGAGGGAAGAUUUAUAUCAGAACCCCACUGUUAGGAUUCUCCAUCAUUGCCACAGCAACUGGGUACCUGGCAACGGGAUACACAAUGCUCAAUGUCAACAGUGACCCAGAGCGAGGGAGGAGAAGGAGAGGUGGAGAAGAAGAGGGGUAGCUAGGGAACAGAAUGAGUGAAGGAGAAAGCUUUUAGAAAUGUGUGGGAGAAAGAUUUUGGUCGCAUCCCUGAGAACAAAGAGUGAGAGAAGAGGGCCUUUAAACAUGGACAGUAUAUUUAUUUGCAGUAAGAAUGCCUUUAUUAACCCCCGGGAGCCGUGUGGAGUACAGGUUUAUGAUGGAUGGCUGUGGAUGGAGGUGCUUUCUUCAGCUCCCGGGGUCUGAAGAAAUUGAUCGCACUCACUGCCAUUAUAAAUCCAGGAUGCGUCAGGAUAUUUAUUAAUAUAUCUCCGAUUGUGUUCAUCAGAAAGAAGAAAGUCAUAUCCACCUAGGAUGGCUUGAGGACCCGGACCAAGAUCCUUUUUAAGAGCAUUCGGCCCGCUGUAAUGCAGCUAAGUGAAAGCGAACUGCUGCAGAGGGAUGGAUAUGAUGGAGAAAUAGGAAGACACAGGACCGUGCCCUCGUUCAUUUUUCUGGACGGCGUUACAGAAAAACACCACCUCUGUCAUCUGCUCCAUUCACCCGACACCCUUGUUCUUGACUUGGGAUCGCCCUGAGGGUCGGCCGCCCGGUUUGCUUCGUCUCGCCGGAAAAUCCUAGAGCCUCUGCCUGGAAACAUCUGAGACAGAGAACAGAUGGCGCUGUGAUUUCUGACAAUUGUGAACAUGUUUUCCCCCCAACUGUGUCUGUGUGUGUUUGUGCUCUUUUAGCUAUCCAGACCUCUGCUCCUGUAGACUAUACACCCUUGGGUGUGUAUUUGUAUGAAUGUGAGAGUGACAAAGAAAGGGGAGAGACGGAGGAAAUGCAUGUGUUUAUGUUCUUUUCAGGCCUACUUGCUGCUGUGGGUCAGACCCAUGGAGUCAUCAUGGAUAAAAAGCACUGGGAAACGCGCCACAGGUCCGUCACUCAACGCACUCGGAUCCAAAUGAGUACAACAGAGUGUUGACAGAUCUUCUCUUUUAACGCUGAUCUCAGAGCAGUAUUCCAGAAUCCCUUAUUAUGAUGAGAAUUUCAAUGCAGAUGAGAGCGACUGCUCUGAAACCAGCACAUAUGGGAGACUAAGCGUGAAACGGCACCCGGCGGGGCCCACGGGUCAGGGAUGAUGAUGAACUGAUGGAACGCAUGAAGGAGCUGAACUGUUUGUCCUGAAAUGGCUCCAACAUAUAAAAGACCCUGCAGUAAAGACCUGCAAUGCUGCCCAUUUCUCCUGUUCCUCUCCUGUUUCUACUACUGUUGGCUCUGCAGAGCGUCUGGUCAUCUACUCCACAGGAACCGAAAGUUCAAGGCUCGCCUCAGCCAGAAAUCUCCAGCUUACAUCUCCCCACCUGGAGCCUGGGACUGCAGCUGUACAGGUCGCUCCGCACUGACGGUUCCAAGACCAACACCUUCAUCUCCCCGCUUCUGUUGGCCAACUCUCUGCUGGCUGUAGGAGGUGGAGCUAAUGGAUCCACAGCAGGCCAGUUUCAUGAUCUUCUGAGGAUCACCAAAAAUGAAAAGGCAGUUGGAGAAGCUUUGACCAGGGCACUGAAAUCUGUUUUUGAAGCUAAUGGAACCAGCUACACAUUGCACAGUUCCUCCGCACUGUUUUCCAAACAAGCCCCUGAACUGGAGAAGAGCUUUCUGGAGAAGCUCCAGACCCACUUUGGGUUGCAGCAUGUGGCCCUGGAGGAUGCACAGAAACAGACUGACAUGGAGAAGCUCCAGUCCUGGGCUAAAAGUGGGAUGGAUGGGGAAGAGACAGCAGCUCUGGAACAGGCACUGGAGACCAAACCUGGAGCCAUGAUUCUAGCCAAUGCACUGCACUUUAAAGGAUUUUGGGAUCGAGGCUUUUACCACGAGAACCAAGAUUUACGCAGCUUCCUGGGUACCAAAUACACUAAAGUUCCCAUGAUGCACAGAUCAGGUGUAUAUCGUCACUACGAGGACAUGGAGAACAUGGUACAGGUGUUGGAACUGGGCCUGUGGGAAGGGAAGGCCAGCAUGGUGCUGCUUUUGCCCUUCCACGUGGAGCGUUUGGCUCGGCUGGACCGUUUGCUGACCCUGGAUCAGGUGGAGAAGUGGCUGGGGAAACUAAACUCCACAAGUAUGGCAUUAUCCCUCCCGAGAACCAAGAUGAGCAGCAUGGUCAAUCUACAGAAGCAGCUGGCCACAUUGGGCCUGGUAGACGCAUGGAACGAGACGUCAGCUGAUUUCUCCUCCGCAUCAAGCAUGGGACAGGGGAAGCUCCACUUGGGAGCCGUGCUGCACUGGACGUCGCUUGAACUGGCCCCUGAGUCUGGCAGCAUCGACGAUAUGCAUGAGGAUGAGGAAGUGGAGAAGCCAAAAAUCUUCUAUGCGGAUCAUUCCUUCAUUAUACUAGUCAGGGACAACAGCACUGGUGCAUUGCUCAUGAUAGGUGCUCUGGACCACACUGACGGCCCUGCAAUUCACGACGAGCUGUAGAGCCAAAAUACUUCACCCUCUGGCGCUGACAGUCAGCUGAAGUGCCAAAAUGGCUGACCUGCAGGUAUUGACAAUAAACUGACCCACUUAUCCACUGCAAAGCCACUGUCUUUCAUCUGUUGUUCUUGUGUUACGCUUUAGUUGUUUUACAGAUAUGAAAGAGCUUAGGAUAGGAUGUAAUUAAACUGAUGUGUAGGCCAGCACAGAAUCCACAGAAUUAUUCCUCAGGUUUCGACAGAAUUUGAAUGUCUUUUAUUCACGUCCUAUGCAUCCCUUCAAAUUGUAUUUUUGUUUAUUAAAUAUUAGGGUUCAUUUGAAAAAGCUUUCAGCAGCUAUUAUGAGCGAAAGUCACAGAUCUGUUAGAAGAGAGUCGCACAACAGGUUAGAGAUUUUUAAUUGAUCAAAAUCUAGAUUUUAAUUGUUCAUGCUAAUUUCUGUAUAUUUUUAUAACCCUUGCUUUCAUCUAGCAUUCACUUAUAAUACUGUUAAAUAUAUAUUUUUAAUCAGAUCUCUAAAUGAAUUAUAGUUUCAAUAAUACUUUUAAUUAUUAGUAAUUGCCUAAAGGGAUGGCUAAAUUCUUGUAGCAUUUAAAAUUGAAUUGUGUUUUUGUUUUGUUUUUCAUUUUUGCAUAAAUUUGUUUUAAUUUGAAAUUUCUUUUUAUCAGUUAUCAGCUAUAACGUUAAAAUAAUUAUCUGCUUAUCAGUAUAGGUGAAAAUAUCAUGCAUUCCUAGUUUGCAGCUUAGUAUAUGAAAACUAAUGGUGCAACUGCACAAACUGAAAGUUUAUAAAAUGCAUUUUUUUAUUAUGCAGUUUUUUAAUAUGUAGUCAAGGCUUUAUUCAAGCUAACACACAAAAAAAGGCAGACUUGAUACUGAAACAUCAACUAUAAACAAAGUAUCUUCUUGCCUAUUUUGUGUGUGUCCCUCAACAAUGAUGUUUGAUUAAAUUUGAAUUUAAGGAUGCUGUAUA